AUGGGAUUUGAGAAGAAUCUGCGGAGGCGAGAAAAUAUUAGGCAGGACUCGCAUUCCACCGUGGCAAAAAACGAGUAUCCCAGCGUGCGACACGUGUCUCCGGGCCCCACCCGGUCAGACCUCCAAUAUUUUGAAAAUAUAGCGCCUCUCUCCUCUCAUCUCUCACACUCGCGCGCCCCAACCCCCCUCUCUCCUCCCGGCUCAGAACUUGGCGCUCCCUCCGAUUCUUCCGACGCCGGCGCCUCCGCCUCCGCCUCCGACGCCGACGCCGACGCCGACGCCGACGCUCCUCUACGCGCUCGCGCUCCCAACUUCUCUCUUCUCCCAGACGUGCCGCCUCCGACGCCUUUGCACUCUGAGAACUCGCGCUCCCUCCGACACCGCCUCCGACGCCCACGCCGACGCCUCCGCCGACCCCUCUGCCCCCAACCCUUGCCGACGCCUUCGCCCAACCCUUGCCGAUGCCUCCGCGUCGGCCAUGCCCUAGCCCUAGCCUCUGCCUCGACGCUCUGCAUCCGCAGGCCCCGAAGAAGCGACGGUGGAAGGCGAAGCCGUAGCCAAAGGAGGAGCUCCACCACCACCAGCUGCAGCCGGCGGCGGCGGCGGCCAAGUCUUCGUCGUCGUCGUCGGCGAUGGCCAGGGAGAAGAGGUCGCAGCAGCAGCACGCGAUCGACGAGAAGUACGCCCGGCGGAAGUCCCUCGUCCAAGUCCUCUACGACUGGCUGGCCAACCACAACCUCCUCUGGCGUUCUCUCUCUUGCCGGAUGUUUGCAGCGGGAAAUUGUGCUUUCCAUGCACGAGAUACUUGCGUUGAAGAGAAACACGGUUGCUCGUUCUAUGCCGGUUCAAGGUCCUUUCUUAGCUACUGAUGCCAGCUCUGAAUCUGCCACCACAUCGCUGAACUACAGAUCUGGCAAUGAAGCAGUUCAGAAAUCGAAUGAAAUGACCGUGGAUAGCUCAAUUUCUAUCAAGCGACGAAGUAAAGUUCCUUCUCACACCAGCACUGCCCAAAAGACUGAUGGCAGCCCUGGAUCACAGCCUAUUGUGAUCCGGAAGCCAACAGAAAAGGCUCCAUUCUCUGGGAAACACAUUCCUCAGAGGCCACCAGUUGCAUCUUGAAAUAUUCUGAAUGAUGGAGAAGUGAGGUCGAGGUAUAAGAAGCAUCCAGAGACUUUCGAGAAAGAGCUGGUAAUGACUUCUGAUCAAGCCGACUUGAAGAAUAAGAUGUUACCUAAAGGUUAUGCAUAUGUACCAUCAAACAGCAUCCCAAAGGAUAAGUGGAUAAGCCAGGAUGGUUCGAGCGAGCCAUUGGAAGAUGGUGGCUAGUCAAAGAACAGUCUCCUUCUGGUUUGCGAGUCGCUUGCUGAAGGCUUCUUGGUGUCUGUCACGGGUAAACGAAGCUUGUGCGGCAGAAGUUAUUGCCUUUGGGUGAUCAUGAAAAAGGAAAUCAAGGCAUUAACGGUGAGAUCAUGCCCAGCCUGGUCAGGGAUCAUUGCACUUACACCCUGAAGGGAGCCAACGGUUUGCUUGGUUUUGACCGUGAAAUUUUGGCACCAUUGCUGUACAUUCAUUGAGAAGAGUUCAGAGUGUACAGGAGGUCAGGGUUUAUUCAAUUCUUCUUGUCGAUUCACAUUGCUCGCCUGGGGUAUGAUGGGUGGUUGGUGGGCGUAACAAAAGCUAUAGAGGCUUAUCGCCAUCCACUGCUGCUUGUACUUGAAUGCCCAAAAUUAACACAGAUAGAAUCCUUUAGUGUGCAUGUAAAGUUUAGUGCAUGUACAUAGUUACAGUAUCAAUAUUCAGCAGUUGUGCCAAA